AUGAGCAAUUUAAAAAAGGAAGAAACCUGUCAGAAUGGCGAAAAGGAAGUAACUGAACAGGCGGUAGCCUUUACGAAUGAAGAAACCUCCAGCGAAUCGACGCUAAAGAAAAAAGUCACAAAGAAAGUCAGUUUCCUCCUUGAUGAGGAUGGGGCAAAUGGGAAAAAGGAAGACGUAAAAAUGGAUGGCGGUUCUUUGGAGGGGCACCAAAAUGGGGAUGCUUCCCACACGGGUGCAGAAGAGGGGAAACACAAUAACGAGCAGCAACGUGACGACUGCAAGGGGAACGACUUUGUGAAUAUCAGUUUUGCCAAGUGCAGCAGCGUCGGUGAACGAAACGGUGGUGAAUAUUGGGGAAAGGAAGAAGACACCCCUAAUGGCAGUUCAUGCAACGGAAACGAGCACAAGCUCUUCUGCAGCGAGGACAACCAGAGUAGGCGCUUCCACACGCAGUUCAAGUUUUUCGAAACGCAGCAGAUGCAGCACAAGAUGUUCGCCCCCCAGGAAAAUCAACACAAGCUAUUCGCCACUGGCAGCAAACAGAACGAAUACAAAGACAGGGAGAGAGAGCCAGUGUAUGUUAAAUUCGACAAGCGUGAGUGUGCGAAGAAUGAGCAGAACUCCGUCUUCUUGAAGGACCAACUGAAGGGGGGCGAAACUGACGAGGUGGAUUCCAAUAAAAAUAACGAUGAAGGGGGGAAAAAAGCGGAAAUGCAGAUUAAAACGGAAGCCCAAAUGGAGGUUAAAACGGAACGCACGGAUUUUGAAAAGUCGUACAACGAGAGUUUACAUAAUUUCCGAGCGUCCUCCUUUGUGGACAUUCUGAACUCCAUGCAGGGGGGUGGAAAAGGGGGAAACGGGGGAAGCAGCGGGUCGAUAACAAAUGGGACGACCCCAAAUGGGAAUGCUCCCCAUGAGUACUUCCCCCCAGUUUCUGGGAAGGACUACGAAAACGUGGACUCCCUAGAAAACCAACAAAACGACAACAUGCAGCUGAUUGCGUGCAUCCUCUGCGGAGACAGCAUAAAGGCGAACGCGUCCAAAAUGUGCAGCAACUGCAUUUUGCAAAACGUGGAAAGUAGUAGCAUUAAUAUAAACAAGGACACGUACCUUAUAUACUACUGCAGGGAGUGUAAGAGGUACCUGCACAACAGGUGGGUAUAUUGCGAAUUGGAGAGCAAAGAAUUACUAGCGCUAUGCUUAAAAAAAGUGAAUAAAUUGAAAAAGCUAAAAAUAUUGGACGCAAAAUUCUUAUAUACAGAACCGCAUAGUAAAAGAAUAAAAAUCCACCUUAGCGUGCAGGAAGAAUUAAUAAACAAUUUCAUCAGCGAGAUGGAAUUAAUCCUACACUACGUAAUAAAAUACACCCAGUGUGAUGACUGCAAGAAGACUUAUACUCCCUACACAUACAACACUUGCGUAUCGGUUAGGCAAAAAGUGGAACAUAAAAAAACACUCCUCUUUUUGGAAAGCCUACUAUUAAAAUAUAAUAUGAACGAGAAUAUUAUUAAUAUAGUUUCCAACCCAGAUGGUUUGGACUUUCAUUUUUUGUCACGAACAGAUGCCCUCAAAUUCUGCGACUUCAUAUUAAGCAAGACAAUGUCAAAGUGUAAAAAUUCAAAACAUUUGAUAAAUCACGAUGCGAAUAAUAACACGUAUAAUUAUUUGUACUCAUUUUCCAUCGACAUUUGUCCAAUUUGUAAAUAUGACUUGAUUUUUUUUCCGAAAGAUUUAUCCAUCAAGUAUGGAAUGAAGAGCUCCUUCUACCUCUGCCUCCACGUAUCCAUAUUCAUCAUACUGAUUAAUCCUUUUUGUUCUUCUAACUCUGCUCAUAUAUCGCAAGAGAGGUACAAUAAGCAUCCGUUCUUGCCACUGCUCAGCAAGGCAGACUCCAAGGUCUUCCUCAUACUCAACGUGGAGUACAUCGACAGGGAUCCGUAUUCCAAGGGUGACAGGAAAAGUGGUGCCUCCACCCAAAAUGGCAAAUGUGUUGACACUAUUGGGGACGAUAUGCUGGAGGAUAAUGCAUCCCUGAAGGGAACGUCAAACCGGUCCAUCCGAACCAAGGGUAAAAAUGUUAACCUGAAGAGGAAAACGAAAAAUUCGGUCAGCUCAAACAUUGUAGAAGAAUUCUCCUCCGAUGACCUCUUCCAAGUGAACGAAGAGAAUGGCUCACUUGCCGACACGAAGAGUUGCAAAUCCUCCUCCAGAAAAGUAAAGCUAGACAAACUCGUCUACGCAUUCAUCGAGUUGUACGACGAAUCAGAGGGAAACACAAUACUCACCAAAACGUGUAACGCUAGGCAUUUAAAACCAGGAGAUUACGUAAACGCUUAUGACCUAAGAAAACACACCUUCGACAAUGACAUAAACUUAUACUUGGAAAAAGAGGACAACUACAACAUAAUCAUUAUUGAUAAGGUGAAGCCAAAGGAAAGGCAAAAAAUAGAAAACGAAUUAGAGGUCCAAAAUAAUAAUAUAGAGACCAUGAAGAAUAUUAAUGAGGAGGAUAUUUUUAAGUCCAUCCUUAUGAAGAACUGUGCCGGUAUGGAGAAUAUUACCAUCCUUUGA